AUGGUUUAUCUAGAAAGUGGUAAGCUAUCAACUUCCUUCAAUGGCUACACAAUACGCAUGCGUGUUGGGUCUCUAGGGAACAUAGUGGGCUGUUCACUCCAUCUUCAUAAAGACGGAGAGGGGGGCUUUCUCGUGCGUGAUUCAAAACGCAUUUUGAAGUUAAAACUUGUUCAUAUUUUCCCAUCGUGUACAAUACCCCAGUUGAUAGCUCUUCCAUGGGAUUCUUCUCAGUUUGAGCUGCGAGUUAAUCAAACCGUUUACAGUAAGGGUCCGGUAUUGCUUUCAGCUGGAGAUGAGCUUCAGUUAUGUCUGCCAUGUGGAUGGUCAGAUGACCAUACCUUUGAAAUCACAGUUGCAUCUGCCAGUGGAGAAUGCAGCUCUUCGGGUGACUCGGCGCCGGAGAGCAAACACGUAAAGCCUCUAAAUGUAUCUUCGCAUAGCGAUCCUAUUAUAAUAGAGGUCCAAAAGGACACUGGCAAGGCGAACAUCGCGCUGCCAACGGCUUUAUGGUGCGAUAGUCAAAGAACCUUGACAACUGCUGCACGCGAAGAGUUUGUGAAGUGGAGCCACUUUUACGCAUAUCGCUACAAUAAUUUGUAUCGAAGCAUGAGUGACAUGGGUUCUUCGGCCUAUCUUUCUGAAACGGCGGCGGCGGCCAGUUCUUCAGCGCAUGAUUUUAUUCAAUACGUUCGACAUGGUAAUAGUCCUAUAGAGAUGAGAAACCUUCCUUCGAGUACCUCACAUGCAAUGACAAACCUGGACGCUUUUACCACGGCAGAAGGUGAGAAAGCUGGACGAUCAAUUUUUUUGAUCUCAGACGCGCCUUUACGGCAGAAGGGCUUACUAGAGCGCUGUUGUUGUAUGUGUCCCCUUCUUGGCGAUGUUUCAAAGGUGCGGAGCCGGAGGUCGUUGAAACCAAUUGAGAUUGAUCCGUCGCCUUGGCAGACCUACGUUAUGUCUCGUAUUUCCUAA